CUAAUUUGGGCACUCCAAAAAGUGACUCUGAUUCUCUGAAAAGUCCGUCGACGUUUCAGCUGUUACCUUGGACGUUAAGACUACACAAAUAUCCCUCACUUCCCUCUUCUCUCUCCUAAAUCAUCUCAUUUCCCAAAAUCAAAAUUCGAAAAUUUGAAAAAAAUGUGGAUUGAGGUAAUCUGUGGUAUCGUGCUCUACAAAGUACUCCGUAUGUUCUUCGGCAACGACGAUGUACUGGACGUUGAAACCUCCGAUUUCAACGCCAUUUUCUCCGUCGCAACUAGACUAGAGAAAUUAUACGGAGGAAAGGCGUAUGUCGGUCUUCGGAUUCCGGAUGCCGAUUCGGGUUCUCGCCAAAAUAUCGAUUUGGUUCUCGUUACUAGAGGGGAGGCAGUGGUGGUUAGUGUGAAGAAUUUGGCUGGGUUUGUUUCAGUGAAUGCUGAUGGAAGUUGGCUUUGUAUAAGUGAUCACAAACAUAAGGAGGAGCAUCAUCCUGAUCCUGUAGCAGAAGCUAAACAUCAGGCCUCUGUUCUAGAAGCAUAUCUUGAGCAAAGAGGAGUUUCUCUUCCUGAAGGAUAUUUGUCUUCCAAAGUGAUAAUUUCUAAUCCAAAGUUCCGAACUCUAAAUCCAGACCACUUCAAACCAGAAGUCAUACAGUAUGAAAAUUGGGUACAGCUGAAACCGGAACCAAAAGGUGCAUUUUCUGGAUGGAUUAAAGGGGCCUUUCGUGCAGCAAAGAAAGAUAUACAGGAAUCUACACACCAGCAGCUUCAAACUAUUCUUAGCACAGCUCCAAUGUGGGAUAGGCUGGAGCUCAAAGCCAGCAAAUAUGUGCUUGGAGAAUUUAUGGAGUUCAAAGGCAAGAAUGAAGAUAUUGAAGAAUUAAAAUAUAUCAAGAGGUCGAAAGUUGGCCGGAUGAUUGUACAGAAGACAUCAAUGUUUGGCUUUGCUCCGACAAGGCUUCAAGUUUUGUACUAUUUUCGCGAUUAUCGAACUGAAGCAUCUUCAUCUUCUGAGGGGAAGGAGGUGACGGUCAGGUCAAGUACCGAGGUUGUAUUUAAUCCCCAGAAUGCCAAGAAAGUCCGCAAGUUCAAGUUAUCCGAUAUUACUUCACUGACACUGAGUGCCUGAGGACAGUUCCCUGGUAUCAACUAGAGGUAACUUGAGAGGUCUUUAGGUUUAUCUUAAUUGUAAUUUCCUAUGCCAAUGGAUAUUACUCCGCAUUGUAUAUUAAAAAUAUUUAGUGCUUGAAUCAAAAUUGGUAUACUAUAGUUCUUUCCAGUUUAGGUUAUGGACAGAUGAGUUGUUAUGUGUCCUUAGACAAGGAAAAAAGUUGAGAUUAUCAAGUAAUCAACAUAAAAAUAUUAUUCCUAA